AUGGUUUCCUUGAGGGUUGUGAAGGAAGAUUGGUUGAGCGAUGAGGCGGUGCUUGUGCAGGAGAGGUUGUUGUUUCGUGUGGCGGAGAUGUGGGUUGGCGUGCUUCGCGCCGGUAUGUUGAGGCUGACGUGUGGAACGCGCGCGAAUGAUGUGCGUUUGAUGGCCGGGGCCGAGUUGCAGGGUUGUCGUGACAGGCCGAAAACGUCGUCUGUGGAGGGGACGCACGUGUGUGGAGUGGGUGCGGCGGUGCCACAGGAGGAAGCUUUUGGCCGGUGUGCGAUGCGUGAUGCGUUGCUUGCGGCAUCGGGCAGUUUUUGGAGCGCGUUGGAGCUUCGACGAUUGCACGCAGGGAGGCUGCGGCGGCUGCGUGCUUCACGGACUCCUAGCGCGAUGGGGGUCUGCCACUUCGCAGGUCCUAAUGGGAGGGAGGAGGCGUACGCAGCCAGGCGGGGGAAUGUCGCGCUCCUUGCCGCUGUCGAGGAGUGCCAGCUGCGCCUGCGUGAGUGGCGACAAGGACGACGGAAAGGAGAACAACAGCAAUCAAACUUGUUGUUGGUGCCGUCUUGUACUCUUUUGAAGAAGGACGAUAGCAGCGCGGUUGGUGGCGUUGCUUCGUUUCUUGCCCGCUGUAGUUUUGCGGAGGCAAGGCGAAAUCGCCUGCGUCGCGAGGUAAAGGAGUUGUCAGAGGCCUGUGAUCGCGAACGUGCCGUGCAUGCGUCUCUUUUAACUGAAUCGCGUCGUAUCUCUUCUCUGGCAGAGCGGGUCUUUUGCAAGCGCCAUCUGCUCAUGUCAGAGAGUGAAGUGACGACGGACCUAGCGCAGGAGGAGCGUGCAAACGCCAGCGUCACCCUAACGAUGCAGGCGGUGCUGUCGCUGCAAACUGGCGUCUCUCGCACGCUAUGA